AUGGGGACACUGAACUGCACGUCCGCACCCGAGUCCACCCCCAGUGAUUCGGGUGUCGCAGGGCAAGGAAUUCUCCUUUCUUUCAUGAUCACGGCCGGGCUGGCCAUCAUCCUAUCUGCGGGCGUGAUUCUCGCAGACUUCCGAGGCAGAGAGUCAACAACCCGGCGAAAAUUACUCAAUGGAUACAGCGACUCACAGAUCAUGCAAGGGAUCGGCAUCCAAAGCGUUGGUUUGGCCAAGAUGAACUCCCUUGUACCGUAUCACUUCUUCCUAAUCUGGAUGCUUUCCCUCCUAUCCAUGGCAACGCACAAUGCUACGCUUUUGGCGCUAGUCCGAGACUAUCGCCGCGACUGGGUGUUGAGAUGGUUGAGACAGUUGCUCAUGUUCGUCAACCUGGCACUGUCGACCGUCUCCGGGGUCUUCGUCCUCCAGACUGUGGCCAAGGGACUGGACAAGUCGACUCUUCCCGUGGCCUGUGUCUGGAAAGUUGACGGAGAAAAAUCUCCGUCCAAUGCCGGGCUGUCGUAUGUUGGUACCAUUGCGGCAAUGGCGGGAAAUUUCAUCAUUUUCGUUCUUGCGACGUGGUACUUGCAUAGUCGGAGGCAAAAGUUCUACAGGAUUGUGCAGAUUGUAGGAUGGGCCCUCAUGGCAGCCGUUGCCAUUGGAGCGGCGAUCCGCAUCAUUCUGCUCUCCCAGGCGUUUGGGCAUCCCUCAGUAGAGCUAAGUGACGAGGGAGAGAAGGACUGGAGCUUCGGCCAGCUUCUAUCGAUGCUUCUCCUCGCCCUACCCGUCGUCUCCGUGAUUGAAAUCUAUCGCGGAGAAAUCAAGGUAGCGCCCCCUGUUGGAGACGAGCGGCCGCGGUUAUAUGACGGCGAGCUGCAAUCGGAUCCGCAGGUCCUCACGCCGUUCCAGCCGAAUCCCUUUUUUGGCUCCGAGACAGACCUGUUCGGAAAAAGGGGGAACAGGAAAUAA